UAUGUAAUCUCAUCUUCGGAAUAAACUUAACCGAACACAUUUAGUGCAUUUUGUGGAUGUUUAGAGAAGGGCUGGGUGGAUUUGCUGCAGAAAAACGUGGAUGUUGUUCUAACUUUAUAUUCAGUGAUUUGCAAGAGUUUAUAUGCAUCUUACAGAUACUAGUAGUGAAGAUGGCCAUUCCAGUCUAUGCAGGUGCGAACCAGUGCUUUAAGCAGCUUAAUGAGAAACCAAGGGAAGCAACCUCGGGCACCGAACGUCAGAAAAUAAUAAUGUUACAAGGUACUGAGGAAAAUGUGUACAAGAGUGACAUUCCUUACAAUACUUUUAACAAUAGUAAUGCUAUGAAAUACAGAACGAAGUUCACGGGAGAAAACUGUUUUAAAUGUGGAAUAUGUAGCUAUAUCAGUAAUUUUAGAUCUAAUAUGAAUAGACACAUAAAGUUACAUUCUGGAGAGAAACGCUUGAAGUGUGACGCUUGUGAUUAUACGUGUAAUUAUAGCAGUUAUAUGAAGGCACAUAUGAAAAUACACACAGGAGAGAAGCGCUUUGAAUGUGAUGUUUGUGGUUAUUCUUGCAACCACAAUAGCACACUUCAGACACAUAUGAGAAUUCACACUAAGCCUUUUCGGUGUGAGUUAUGUAAUUAUGCAUGCGGACGAAAAGAAUCCCUAAAGAUGCAUGAGCAGACACAUACUGGUGAAAAAUCCUUUCAUUGUGGUGUUUGCGGUUUUUCAUGUAGUCAAAGCUGUAAUCUGAAGAAACAUAUGGUAAUACAUACUGGGGAGAAACGUUUUAAAUGUGAGGUUUGUUAUUAUGCAUGUAACUCGAGGAGUUAUCUGAAAAUGCAUAUGAGAAAACAUACUGGAGAAAAACUCUUCAAAUGCGAAGUUUGUGAUUAUGCAUGUAACUCAAGGUGUUAUCUGAAGAUACAUAUGAGAAUACAUACUGGAGAGAAACGCUUUAGAUGUGAAGUUUGUGAUUAUGCGUGUAAUGACAGCGGUAGUCUGAAAAAACAUAUGAAGAAACAUAUGAAGAAACAUACAGGAGAGGAAGACUUAUGCCUACCUCGCUCCGGUUUAUCGAUAAAAUUAUCUCCCUUUUUAACACCUUUCAUACCGUGAUAGAUACAAUGUAAGUGGACUCGCUUGCAAAACAAGCAACAAUUCUUUCAUUUCAUGUAAUAACUAUGAAAAUAUUUAAAGAGGAAAAUGCUUUCUUUUAACUUUCAGUUUCCUCACUACCGCUCAUAUAGAAUGUUUUAAUGUUAGAUAUAUUUAUGUUUGCUUGUGAGAAUUGCAGCUGCUUUCUAUGUUGAUCUAUUUGUGCAUAAUAUAAUUAUGUAACAGUUAGUUGAUUUUUACGAAUGAAUAGGAUUUUUUAAGUUAAAUUAAAUUUAUCCGGAUUUCCACGCUGUGAACCAUUUAACGUGUUAGUGCCCAUCUGUGCACAAUCAUAUAUUCAUUGUUUGUUACCUGAUACUAGUAUUAUUUGUUUGUAAAAGUGUCACUUUGGAAGGACUGUAUAUUGCACCGAAUGUAUUUAAAUGCCCCAACAUGCGAACAGCAUGGAUCCUGAACAGACUGCGCGGAUGCGCAGGCUGGUCUGAAUCCAUGCUGGUCACAAACGCACUAUGUUGAUAUUCUCAUGGCUUGGCUCAAUUAUAGUAGAGUAAUACUUUAAAUGAGCUGAUUGUGACUAGCACAAAGUAGAAUUCAUUUAAGAAAGAAAUGUUUUACAAGUGAUGUCUGUAACUACCUGUGUGAAAUUGUAGGCCCAUGAAUUGGCCGUAAUUCUGGUCACAUUACAGACGUCUACCCAGUACUAAACUACGUGCGCAAAUGAUGAUGUCGCACACGUAAAUAAGUAUUUUAAUGUUGCUGCGUAAUUUUAUAUUAUUUGUUAGCACAUAAAAAGUUGGCUAAAGAGUCAAACUGCAAAAAAGGGAAUCUCAAUGUAACUGCUAAAACAAUUUCAUGUCAAAAUUUAAUCAUUGUUUUUCCUAACUUGUUUUGUUGCUAUUAACAAUAGAAACGAGAUUUCUUAAACUGUUCUUGGAAACGGUAUUAUCACUCCUGACUUAAAUCAAAUUUAAAACAAUUGUACAAUUAUUGUUUACAGAAAAUCAUUUCAUUGUGUCAAAUUUAAUGUAGACUUAAGAUAAACAAGAAAUAUCUUUAAAAAUGAUGGUCGGCGAAUUGUAAUAAGGAGAGAAGUUUAUGAAUUUUUCAUCAAACAUUCAUCUUUCAUCUAACAUUUUUCAAAUUGCAAAACUAAACACCGCACUUUAACAAUUUAAAUGGUUCUCUUUUAAUUUUUCGCAAAGGUUUCGUAGGGUUGCAAUUUUGUUUCGUUUAUCCUUAGACGAAUAAUUACAGCAGUAGUUUGAUGAAGAUUCAUGAAGCGGUUCAUGAGAAGAGGUCAUUAAAUGUGUUUAUAUUUUUAGCUAAAUUGGUCCCUAUCCCCAUUUGCAACAAAAUAGCAGGAGACCUUACGCUAUUGUUACACAUCGAGUUUGAUAAAAAUCCAUUACAUUUUAGUGGUUAAUGCGAAGAAAGGCAUAUCUACUUUUAGCUAUAGUGGUCCCUAAUAGGGCCCAAGUUCCUAUAUAAAUAGAUUUGGAAGAGGACCUUAUAAUGAUGCCCCAGACCAAGUAUGACAAAGAUCCAUCAAGCUGUUCAUGAGACGCUGUAUAAAGGCAUUUCUAGUUUUAGCUCUAGCAGCCCCUAAAAGGGGUCAAAUGUCCCAGCUGAAGAAAGUUGAAAAAAUCAAUUAAAGGAUUUUUUUAUUUAUUAUUUUUAUUUAUUUCGAAAAUAGGCCAACUGA